AUGUUGUUUCGCUUCCUGUCGAUGGGCUUGAUGGGCCUCUGCAGUACGUCUGCUCUGGCGAUGCCCCAUCCUCCACCUCCUCCACCUGGACAUGGACCUGGACCACACCACCCUCACCAUCGACCUCACUGGAACGUCUCUCAGCCUCAAAUCUCCAACCCUCGUCAAGUGCUAUUGCCCUACUCUUUCUGCUCCGUUGAUGAUGCCGACUGCUCGAAAAAGCCAGACUCGUAUUUGACGGUGAACUUUGCAGUAGAACAUGGAGUCCUGCUUGCCAACACCGAUCAGAUCUUCCCUCCGGCUACUUCCAUGGCACUGCAUACAGUCGAGAGACGAAAGUCAUCAGAUGACCUGGAAUACAUCUCGCUCCCCUACGAGCUAGGCAUCAGCCCUCUCCCACCUCGCAAGGGCGAAGAGUCAUCGCCCGACGCUCUGCUUAUCAAACUCAACCUUCUCAACCGACCUCCCAGCACGGAUUCCGUCGCCAUCCACCUCGCCAACGGUCCAGAGGGACAACUGCUCAUCUCUGAUAUCACCAUCGAGCCUACCCACGGGCCUCACCAUCACCAUCACCAUGGCCCCCCCAAGGGCCCAGAGGCUAAGAGCUGGAGAACCCAAGUCAACGCCUACCUGAUCGCCAUGGAAAAGGCCGCCAAGGGCUACCUCUCAUCUCCCGCUCCCGCGCCCAAGGGCAGCGGUGACUCCUCCUACCAAGUGGCUCAUUACCACACCUCCCACCGCGGCGGCGACCACCGCGCCUUUCUCCGCUUGAUGCGUCCUGUUGUCCUGCCUGCCAUUCUAGGCAUUGUGGCGGGUAUCUUUGCCUGCAUCUUCGGCUUCCUGGUGGGCAGGGUCGUCGUGUCGGUGUACCUCUGCACAAAGGGACGCAGCAGCAAACGGCCUGCCAUUCCUGAUAUUAUCGUCGAGGACGGUACUGUUUCCGAAAAGGAUUCCCUGAUGGAAAGAGACCGCCAGAUGAAUUUGGAGUAG